AUAAAGCUGGGUAACAUAUUUAUUAGAAUGUUUUAUAUCACAUUGGUUUUUAUUAGUUUUGUGGCGUUAUCUGUCGUUACCGCUUAUGAUGGUGAGUUUAAUGUCGACGGAACGCCUUUAACAGUAAAUAAAGAAGUAUUUGCAUCAUUGGAUGAGCCCGCACCAGGAGUAGUACCUACUCCUGAACCUACACCUGUACCGAAACCCGAGCAAAAAUGUAAAAAAGUAAAAUUUAGUUGCGUGAAUUCGUGCAGUUCACCCGAAAUGCAGUAUUGUCCGGAAAUAGGAGCAGAUCCGGUUAAGGAAUCCUGUAGCCCAGAUCAAGUGUGCGCUGAUCAAAGUGGAUAUCUACAGUGCACCACUAAAGAAAGUACAGUCUGCAAAGUACAAGGUUUCAAAUGUCCGUCACCAUCGAGAUUUUAUCCAAAUAUAAAUGAUUGUCAAAGCUAUUAUUAUUGUGACGAAAAUAGUAUAGGAACCCAAUAUUAUUGCCCCGCAAAUUUUGCAUAUGAUCCGUUACGUCAUAAUUGCGGACCUAUGGCUCUGGGCACAAAAUGCUAUACAGUUACAUGUCCUGCACAGCCUAAGGUGCUUCCGUACAUUGGUGAUAAAUCAUUGUACGUCGUAUGUAUGGCCGGAAGAGGAACCGUAUUGCAAUGCGAAGAACCCGCCGAGUUUUCCCCAAGGAGCGAAACCUGUGUCGGGCAAUGCCGAGCACGUGGAAAAUUUGCUUUCAAGAACGACGCAACAUGCCGGAAGUUCUUCACGUGUUUACGUCCUAAAGGAGAGCCAGUUCCUGAUCAAUGUCCGAUUGGAACAGUAUUUAACCAAGCUACUCAAAGCUGCAACACAGGAACUUGCGAGAGGAAACCUAAAUUAUAUUAAUAUAUUGAUGAAGUAUUCAACAAAAGAAACUAUACAAAAUAUGUACUUUGUUUUACUUUAUGUGUUAUAUAAAAAAAUAUUAUGGUUGAACACAGGCUCGCAAAUAUGAUAAGGCAUUUAAGAAUUUUACAAUUUAGAUUUUUUUAAAUCCAUGAAUAUAUUUGUUCUAAUCAAAAUUAUUCAUUUUACGCUUAAUUUUAUUGGUUGAACUAAUAGAUAGAUAGAUAAAGAUAUAGAGUUAAUAUAAAAAUGAAGAAAAUAAAAUUAAAAGUAAGAAAUAAUACGGACUUCUAAAUGUAGGGGGAAGUCCCCUAGUGGCGGACACCUAAAGUUAUUUAUAAAUAAAUCAAAAAA